AAGAGAAGAAUCCUCCUAUAGAAAGGAGAAAUUGCCGACAUCUCUGAACGUUCUGUUUUCGUAACAUGGACAUUUCCCGUGUCUUGAAGUGAGGCGGCUGUUGGUGGCUCUGAAGCUGCCGGACAUAGGUGUAUGUACAACUCAACCGCGAACAUUUUUGUGGUCCCCGUGCGACUUUCCCAAGAAAGGAACUGGGGAAAAACGAGAUGUCAAUGCGCAACACAGUGUGGAAGCUUGAACUUCUUUUGCUUGUUUUCCCGUCUUCUGCGUCCCCAAAAUGCAGAAGUAACGUCCUUUUCCUCUCGUCUCGUCUUCGCAGCACCCCGCGUCGUCCGUCACCACCAGGAGAUGCCGUUCUUCCGUGUUCCACUCUUCUUUGAUGUGACUGAGAAUUGCUGGCGCUCCAGUAUCGUCCCGUGUUCUCGGGAAGACUUUUAGUUUUGAUACGAAGAAGAUAAUCAAGAGAAAGCGUUGUAUUUUCCUUCAUUAAACCGUCUCGAAGCCCUCUGCAACUACCGCCGCGGUGCAGCUUCUGAAGUUUCCGGUCCUCUCGGCCACCACUGCUUAUUUAUCCCUCUCUUUGGUCCGUUGUUCUUGCUUUUGUGCUCCUGCGUUACCUCAUUUAUUACGGCAGAGGAGCUGUUCGCUUGUUUGGUCGUUCCUACGUCGGUUUCUUUCCACGUCUGCCAGUGGUCUGCGUGCAUCGCCCUCGUUCGCCGUUCUGUUGAGCGUCGCCACAACUCGACUGCGGCGCCUUCUUUUUUGUGACUGUGCUAUCUCUCUCUUAUCAGGGCGAGGGGACAGAAGCGGCCUCCUGCCUCUUGUCUGUUGUUCGCUUCCACAAAGUCUGUUAGUUUUGGCUGUUGGCCUUCGUUUUCUCUGCUUCAAGAUGGCGAGACUCGAACCGGACACGAAUUUCAUUUUUGAAACUUCGGAGGACUGUCAAGUCCUGCCGACAUUCGACGCUAUGGGCUUCAAGGAAGACUUGCUGCGCGGCAUCUACGCGUAUGGCUUCGAGCGCCCGUCUGCUGUGCAACAGCGUGCGAUUGUCCCGAUCAUGAAAGGUCGAGAUGUAAUUGUACAGAGCCAGUCCGGAACGGGUAAAACUUGUGUCUUCUGCCUCGGCUGUCUUCAGUGCAUAGACCCGAAAGUUCGCGAUCCGCAAGCUCUUAUUCUCAGCCCGACUAGAGAACUUGCUGAACAGUCGCAGAAAGUCUGCUUGGCCCUAGGCGACUACAUGUCUGUUCAGGUUCACUGCUGCAUCGGAGGCAAACGCGUGGGAGACGACAUUCGGGCUCUGGAGGCAGGUGUUCACAUCGUGUCUGGAACCCCCGGGCGGGUUUUCCACAUGAUUGCGCAACGCCACUUCAGCACGCGACACAUCAAACUGCUCGUCCUCGACGAAGCCGAUGAAAUGCUGAACCGCGGCUUCAAAGAGCAAGUCUACGAUAUUUACCGGUACCUCCCACCCUCCACUCAAGUUGUCCUUGUCUCCGCUACUCUCCCCCAUGAGGUGCUCGAAAUGACAACGAAGUUCAUGGAUGACCCGUUCCGCGUCCUCGUAAAGCGUGAUGAAUUGACGUUGGAAGGGAUCAAGCAGUUCUUCGUGGCAGUUGAGAGAGAGCAGUGGAAGUUCGACACGUUGACGGAUCUCUACGACACUCUCACCAUCACGCAGGCGGUCAUCUUUUGCAACACCAAGGCCAAAGUUGAGUGGCUGGCGCAGAAGAUGAAAGAAGCGAACUUCACGGUCAGCCGCAUGCAUGGUGACAUGCCUCAGCAAGAACGUGACGAGAUUAUGAGGCAGUUUCGAGGAGGCCAGAGCCGCGUCCUCAUCGCCACCGACGUCUGGGGUCGUGGAUUGGAUGUUCAGCAGGUGUCUCUCGUUAUUAACUACGACUUACCCAACAGUCGUGAGCUCUACAUCCAUCGCAUCGGUCGCUCCGGUCGUUUCGGCCGCAAGGGUGUUGCUAUCAAUUUCGUGAAGAACGACGAUAUUCGUAUUCUUCGAGAUAUCGAGCAGUACUACGCAACACAGAUCGACGAAAUGCCAAUGAAUGUCGCAGAUCUUAUUUAGGCAUGAAGAACCGAUGAGGACAGAGUUUGGAAUGCUCCAAACGCAAAGCCUUGGUAGUUUCCACGGUGACCAUGGCAGAGUUGUACUCUUCACCUCUGUCGUUCGGACCUUUCGUUUGCCCGUUACUCCGAAAGACUCAGGUGUAUGUGACGUGCAUCAAAAAACAUUUCUGUGUUGACAGGAAGUUUUCUUAACUCACAGUGACAUUCCAGCGUCUCGUUUGCUCUGUUUUAUUAAAAAAUAGCCUUUUCUC